GAAGAGAGUUGAAGGGUUUUUUUUAGUCAAGGUCACAAAUGCCAAAACUGUCACUGUUAAAUGAUAUUUGGUUUUUUACUGAUGAAAAUUAACAUAUUGCUAUUUAAUUACUGAUUAAAAGUCAUGACUUCUAAUACUAUCAUAGAUUUUUCUAAAAAAUCUAUAGUCUUCAUCACAGGAGCCUCCAAAGGGAUAGGUAGAACAAUCGCUAUUGAAGUAUCCAGAAAAUUGGAACAGAGUUCUAUAAUAGUUUUAAUAGCUCGUUCCCAAAAUGGCCUGGAUGAAACUAAAGCUCAAAUUGGAGAAAUAGAUAAAUCAAUUCAUGUGGAAACAGUUACAUUAGAUUUGUCUAAACCAGAUAUUAACCAAUACAAUGAUCUUUUCAAGAAGGUAUUAAGCAACACAGAUACCAAAGAUAUCAAAACUGGAAUAGUUUUUCACAAUGCUGGGCAUGUUGGAACUGUUAAACAGACAACGGAUUUAUCAGAAUUGGCUGUUUGGAGAGAGUAUUAUGAUCUGAAUUUGUUUUCAACAGUUUUAUUAAACAAUGUCUUCGUUAAACAUCUUAGACCAGUCGCACCACAAUUAGUCGUCAUCAAUAUUACCUCUCUUGUUGGGCGUGUCCCAUUCAAGAAUCUAAGUAUGUAUGGAUCAGGAAAAGCUGCACGAGAAAUAUUCUUUAAAGUAUUAGCUCUGGAGGAACCAAAUAUAAUUGUUCUUAAUUAUAGUCCUGGCCCUGUGGAUACAGAUAUGUUUAAUUCUAUUGCUGAAACCGCUCAAUCGGAAGAAGUUCGUCAGUCUUUUAAGGAUGUUAAGAACUCGACCGUUUUAACUACAGAUAAAACUGUUAAUAGGAUGUUAGAUGUCUUGGAAAAAGGAGAUUAUAAGAGUGGAGAUACCGUCGAUUUUUAUGACAGAUAAUGUUUUAUAAUGUUAUAUUACCGUUAAUUAUGAACAAAGUUGAUAAAACCUUAUAAUAUAAUGUGUUAACAUUCCUACUAUAUAUUAUAUAAAUUUAUUUUAUUGAUAAAACUCAAAUUUUUAUACACAACUACGUAUUUUGGUCGAAUUACUUAGCCAAAGAUGGCAAGUCAUAUUUAUUGAUGAUAUUUUUUAUAAUAUAGUAAAACUAUGAAUCGAAAAAUAAAUGAUAAGAAUUUAA